UCCUCGCCUCAGCCGUCGCAUUUCGCCUGUCGGCUUUCCCCUCUCUCAAGAAAGCCGAGGUUUUUAACCCGCUGAGGAGAGGAGGGAGAGUCCGCGCUCGGCUUUCAGAUCUAGGGUUAGAGUUUCCAAUAAUAUCGAUCGAAAUGGCUUCGGUGGAGCUCGUAAUGGAGGAAUUGCAAGCGCUGCAGAAGAAAUUGGGGAAGAAGCAGUCUUUCGAGGAGGCCGUCUCCUCGAUCUCAUCUCUCCUCCGGGAUCGAUACUCGUCUUCCUCUCCAUCCCUUCGCAAAUCGAUUUAUUCUACUAUUUGCCGUGUUGCAACUGUUCUUCAGACUAGAUAUACGGCGACUGGCUUCUGGCUUGCUGGCUUAAGGCUCUUUGAAGAAGCAGAGGGCCUGGUUACUGAGUCCUCAGAAAAGGAGCAUAUGAAGAAAUGCAUUGCUAGAGCUCGUGAGCAUCUACAUGAAAUGGAGUCUGAGAUUCCAGUGUCAAACAGAGGACCAACAGAUUCUAGGUAUCUUUUUGAAGGGCACUUGACUGUUGAGCCUGAACCUGCACCUCCUGCAUGGCUUGUGGCACAGAAUCUACUAACAACUCUAGCUGUAGCACAAGAUUGGACUUCUAUUCCUGAAUCUUCUCGAGGUCAGGAGGAAAACAAUGAUGCAACUGAAAAUGCUAGAGUGACUGACGUUCCUGAAUCUGUUCGAGAACUAAUUAACAAUAUGCAAGAAAUCGGUGGCUUUCUGGACCUGGAUAAUGUUAUUGAAGCUUCAUUGCAGGAAAUUGGUGCUGGGGCGCAGCGACCGCCACCAGCCUCAAAAGAAGUUGUUGCAAAUCUGCCAGUUAUUAAUGUAACUGAGGAAGUCAUUGCUAGGUUGGGCAGAGAAACACACUGUGCUGUUUGCCAGGAGAACUUUGUUAAAGAUGACAAAUUGCAGGAGCUACCUUGCAAGCAUCUCUUCCAUCCCCCGUGUCUGAAACCAUGGCUGGAUGAGCACAACUCCUGUCCAAUAUGCAGACAUGAAAUGAGGACAGAUGACCAUGCAUAUGAGAGCUGGAAAGAGAGAGAAAGAGAGGCAGAGGAAGAAAGGAAGGGUGCAGCGAAUGCUGUUCGGGGAGGCGAAUACAUGUAUGUUUGAUAAAUAGUUAUUGAAAUAAAUAUUGUUGCUGCGUAAACAUCGUCGAUGUUUGUCUUGAUGAUAAAUGUUCAAAUAUUUACAACCACCCGGCAGACCACGUCAACCCACUGAAUUGCAGUCUAUUGCCUUCUUUGUUUCUCUCUUA